UUUUGAUUCGGAGAGGUUACACAUUUAUGCAGCAAACAUGCCAAUUGUAACUGAUCUAAUACACAAGCUAGCAUUUUGGAUCCAUACAUGAUCCAGUUUGGUAAGAAAGAGUCAGAUGUAGCUGAUACUGCAGUCCCCCCAAGACUUAAAGCCACAAAGCCUUUUCCUCGGGUUCCCAAUAAAAUUGUAGGUAACUAAAAUAGUUGGCCAAAUAUUCUUUCUUUUUCUUCUAGAUUGCUACAGAGCUUUGUACCGGUGCGACUGUAGAAGAUCUCCUUGCAUCCAAAAGGACCUUAGGCGAAAGAUGGAUCGCCUAUAUUUGCAAGAAUGUGAUAACGGGCCUUAACCAUCUGGAAGAGAAGAAUAUAAUCCAUCAUGACAUCAAGCCCGAACACAUUGUCAUCUCCUCAUCCGGAGAGGUGAAGAUCGGCGAGUUUUGCUUUGCGACCAUCGGAGGAAGGAGCGCCAGCACUUCGGGGACCAUGGCAUACAUGGCUCCGGAAGUACUGGCUCAUUUUGGCCAAAACAGCGGCGAAUAUGACCAUAAGGCUGACAUCUGGUCACUAGGGAUUGCAGCCAUUCAAAUGGCGGAAGGACAUCUCCCAUUCAGAAGACUUCCCAAGCAGAAGCUGAUCCAGCGAAUAACAACUGGUCCAGUUCCAUCAUUACCAUCAAGGGGCAAUUGGAGUGACGAGUUCCGCUUCUUCAUCAGCGAGUGCCUGCAGAGAGACCCAGGCAGGAGACCAUCUGCAAGGCAGCUCCUCACGCACCCUUUCAUUGCCGAGCUCCGGGGUGAAAGGGGGGUGCAGAGGAAUAUCGCCCAACACCUGCACAGAGGUAGGGGAACUGCUCAUUCUCAUUAUAGUUCAUGUGAUGCACAGACUGUAAUCAUUUACUGUUCCCAUUCCUACAAUAUUCUCCUGCUUUCCUACAUACAAUAUCAUUCUAUAACUAAAGCCACCAAGAAUAAAGACUAAGAUUGGAUUAGGGCAGAGCUCACUAAACUGGGCUAAAUCUACAGGAGAGACAAACAUCUGAGAGGGGAGAACAUGUUAUUAUUAGACAGUUGUAGUUGGCCUUUAAAUUAGCAGCAAAAGGGAACGUGAUAUAAAACAUGCAUAUAAAUGCAAAGAGUAACAAGGAACAAAUUGCAGAAUUAUUAUAUACUCACCUACUCCAUGGAUAACACUGAACAAUCUCUCCUUAGGAACGAGGCACUGAAACGAGAACAACGAGGCAGCCAUCGGGGGAGGGUCGGGGGCAUAAAUAGGGGGCCUAAUUACCAUCCUUGGGCCCCCAC